AUGAAUCUACGCAUAUUGGCUCAGCUUGGCUCAGCUUGGCUCAGUUUGGCUCAGCUUGGCUCAGCUUGGCUUGGCUUGGCUUGGAAUUGGAUGUUGAGCAAGGUUCAUUCAUUCAGGUUGAAGCUUCCAGAGGAGUUCAUCGUGAAAGAUCAGAAUGGUUGUGAUGUCACGCUCCGUUCGUUCAUUCAGUGGCGAAAAAUGCACGCCUGGCUGGGGUUGAAGCUUCCAGAAGAGUUCAUCAUGGAAGAUGUCAGGCUACGUUCAUUCAUUCAAUGGCAAAGAAUACACGCCUGGCUUGGAUACGUUUUAUUCUUUUUUCUCUGUAAUUUAGCAUUAAGAGGACUGGCACCAGUUUUGGAGGUCAACGUAGGAACCGGAAAGCAUUCAACAUUCUGCCUUGUCGAAUGGACGACGAAUGAUGAGAGGUGGGCUGUGGUGGGCGUCAGCACGUUUCAGAUGGUGGUCUCAUGA